AUCUAGUCACCUCGGCUUCUUCAGUCUUCAAGCUGGCGACGCCUUCGAAAGAACAUACCGUUGACAUCGAAUAACCUCGCCGACUUGCGAAUUACGUGCGCUCAUCCACCUGAGGUUUGACUCUGGGACGAUGAGCGGAAAUUCCUCUUCGACUAGUGCUGUGAAGCCUGGAAUAGACCGCGCUCGCGUGGCCUGCAAAGCGUGCAGGUCCAGACGGGUCAAAUGUGACGCAGGGGACGCUCAUCCCUGCUGGCAAUGCCGGACACGCCAAAUCCCUUGCGAGCUUGUAGAAUCUAGGAGGGGCAAAUAUAUCCGUAAAAAGCGCAACUUACAACGCAAUGAACAUGAACCCCUGGCUCAAUCUUCACAAGUACAGCCCGGGAGAAAUGAACCGGGCUUAGUGGAGCAAGAGACAGAAGCCCCGACCGAGGUUUUCAUCGAAGACAGCAGCUUCACUAACAGCCCCGUCACGUCCGAUGGAAUUAGUAACGAUGGCCAACUUCAACCAAGUCAAACACAGAGAAAUCAAAGGCAACAUCCUUGUUCGGUAGAUUUGAGUCUAUCUUACAUCGUCGAGGUUGUCCACAGACCAAAAGAUGGCUCAACCGAGCCCGUCAAAGUCCACUAUCCUAUCCCGGCUUGCAUCGCAGACCAGUCUGCCUACAAUCAUGUACCCAAGGUCAUAGAGACGAUUUCUCUUCAGGAGGCCCUCACAAUGCCGGCUCCACAAAUCGCGGACCAGCUCAUCCGUCCGUUCUUCGAGAUCAUGCAUGUAGCGUACCCCGUGUUCGACCGAGAGAACUUCUCACGACAGUACCGUCAAGGCCAGGCAUCGCCUCUAGUCCUGCAGGCUAUGUUCCUCCUCGGUUUCACGGUAUGCGAUGACAGUCUCAUCGAGGAAGCUGGGUUCACUGAUCGAGCUACCGCAAGGAGAACGCAUUAUCUUCGCGCCAAAGCUCUUUACGAUGCGGAGUAUGAGAGUGAUCACAUGAAUCUUGUGGCUGUUAUGCUGCUUCUAGGUUUCUGGUGGGCUGGUCCGGAAGACCAAAAGGAUAAUUGCUACUGGGUCAAUUGUGCCGCGACUAUGGCUCAGUCUCUCGGCAUGCACAGGUCGGUGUCACAUUCGGCCUUGAGUCCACGGAUACGAUCACUUAGGAAGAGAAUUUGGUGGGCCAUCUACACCCGCGAUAGACACACCUCUGCAGCAUUCGGCCGACCAUGUCGGAUCCGUGAUGAGGACUGCGAUAUAGAGCCUUUAACCGAGGAGGACUUUGAGUUCGAUAAGAACGGCGAUGAAAGACUGAUACCCGCUCAGCACAAGUACCACGUAGCAUAUGUCAUGGAGAUGGCGAAACUCACUACGAUAUUGGGGGAUAUAAUAGUCGCUGAGUUCAGCCCACGUCGUGCUAUGAUUGAGAAGUACGAAGCCAAGUCGCUGAAGAAAGAGCUUCGCCGCUGGAAUUCGAGUCUGCCGGCACACCUGAGUCCAGCGCCGCUCGAUGGCUCCCUCGGCGCUUCAUUCUGGGCUAGCAUGGUUCAAUUCACUUACCAAUACUGCCACAUCCUCCUGUUCAGGCCGAAGGCAAUCGAUAACCUCACGCCGGCAGAGUCAGAAAGAGACAAGCAAGCUCGCAUGGCAGCGGACGCCAUCACUCGCAAUGCAGAAGAUCUACUCGCUGCUGAGACGAUCAGAUCCGCACAGAUUCAUCUUGUCCCGACAUUAUUUGGCGCUCUUUCCAUCCAUACCAUCGUCAUUUGCCGCAAAGACCCAAUUCGCCGGCAAUUGGCCGAAAACAAAUCACGGCAAUGCUUGCUGGCGUUGAGUCAACUGUCGAAGUCCUGGCCUGUCAGGUUAUGGAUCUCAAAAUCGUUCGUCAGUCUGAUGAGGAGACUUACCGGUCAGGGGUCCAUCGUCAACGUGACAUCUAGCAUCCAUGGCCCAAACUACCGAACCUUUGCCCCGCAGUACGCGGGCGAAGAAGCCAAUCCAGCUGUGUUGAGUUCGUUCCGUGGCAGUGAUGGAGUAGUGGAUUCUGCAGGUCUCAAUCCAUCUCAGCCCGUGGAACCAUCGGGAACUGAGAGCUUUCAUCAGGCAACUGAUCAGAUGUUUUAUGACACUUUCUGGGCGGACUACCUGGAUAACACUUUUGAUGUUGAUCUUCUCAUACACUCUCAUUCGGGCUUUCCUAGCAAUACUUCCGGGCAGCAAUGAGAGGUUAGUGAUUAGGUAUGUGGAAUGAAAAGGAUCCGCUGGAAACUCUGGAGGACCAC